UAUAGAAUUUAAAAGUUUCGAUGCAUAUUUUUUUCAAUUCAUGAAAGACUGACAAAUGAACCGAAAAUUGAAGCGCUAUCCCCGUUUUCGAAAAUAUCGGGAAAUCAAAGGCUAACAAAUGAUCGCUAAACGUAUAGGCAAACGAUGAAUUAUUUGAACAAUUCGAUAGGCGGUGGAGUGACUAGUGAUUCUGGCCUCCAAUUGAACAAUGUUGAAGUAUUGUAUAGUAAAGUGCAAAGAGUUUACGUUAAGCCGCAACAUAAAGAAGAACGUCAGCGUGAGCUUCGAGUUAAUGUAGAAAUUCAUGCUGGUAUCAGUCCUGUUUGUCGUAAGAGUUUAUGUGUUCUGUUAGCAGAUGAUGAUGAUCCUUGCUUUCUUUAUUCGUUAUUUAUCACUGAUGAGGAUUUCAAAGUCUUAAAGUCCCAACAGGGACUGUUGGUAGAUUUUGAUAAUUUUGCAACUCAGUUGAUAUGUUUAUUAGAACAAUGUCAAAUGCCACUAGCAAAUUUAUCAAAAACUCCACCGAAGUUUUUAUUGUUAUUGGCAGAAGAAAGUGGAGAAUGGAUAUUAAAACUGGUUGAAACAAAUAAUUUCAAACAUUUAUGUCAUUUGAGUCUAAAUAUAUCACCUGCAAGUGACUCUAACUUAAAAACUCAUAUGGCUAUGAAAAUUAAACACUUAAAAGAAAAUAUUGUGCAGCGACAUAGAGAUUCGUUAGCGCUUGAAGCUAGAGUAACCGAUCUAACAAAUAAGGUGGAAACAAAAACAAAAGAAUUGGAAAAAUUGGAACAAAAAUAUAUGGCAGAAAAAAGUCAGAUGCAACUGUCUUCAUCUGAACAGAUAAGCAUUGAAAAAGAUAGAUUAGCUAAAGCCCGAUUGGAAUGGCAAUGUCAAAAUGAGAAAGAAAAAGUGGACGUAGAACGUAGACACACAGAAAUUGUAAAAGAUUUACACACUGAAAUUGCAGAAAUACGUACACAGAAUUUAACAUACAAAGAUAAGUUAUCUUUUCUUGAAGCAACAAAUGCAGAGCAAAUGAAGCAGUUGCAACAUCUUGAGAGAGAACUUAAUGUAACACAAAGAGAUUUAAGUUCACUAAAGAAGCAAAAUUCUAAAUUAGAUACAGAUUAUCAUGAAAAAGAUAAAACAGUAAAUAGCUUAAAAACUAAAGUAGCUGUACUUGAACAAGAGUUAAAAGAUAAAACCAUACUUAUUAGUAAACACACAGAAAUGUUAAAAACAGGAAAAGAACAAAAACAGCAUUUGGAAGAUUUGUUAGCUGACAAAGAAGGCCAGUUACAACGUAAACAAAAUUCUUUGCGAAAUUUAAGCGAUGAAUUGGUCAAAGCUAACGAGAUAUUAACAAAAUUACAAAAUGAACUUGCUUCUACUAAGUCUAAACUAAAACUAAGGACUAGCAUUGCACUUGAGCAGGAACGGUUAUUAGAUACUAAACAAAAAGAAGUCGGCCAAUUAGAAAAUAAAAUGGAAAGCUUAAUUAAGGAAGCAAAAGAUGCAAAAACAGAGGUUGAAAACUUGAAAGAACAACUUAGAAUUCAACAGAAUCAAUUAGAAGAGAAAGAAAAACUAAUUAAAAAUAACGAUAAUGUGAUUAGUUGGUUAAAUAGACGGUUAGCAGACAAUCAGUCGCCAUUACAAAAUACCACUGGACCGGCGCCAAUUAACAUACCUUCUUCAAUUCAAUUGACAUUGCCAAGAUCAAAUAAAUUAAUUACAAAUAAAUAUGAAAUGCGUACACCCGCACCUACCACGAUGUCAACAAAUAUGUUCUCUGGUCUACCAAUGAGAAAUCCAAUCGUGCAGAAUCCAAAUAUCAACCAAACAACACGCAUGUCAGCACGGUCUAUGGGUGUUGGUAUUACUGACAGUACAAUGGGCAUAUCAGCAUUUAAUAAAAGUGGUCAAAUAUCGAGCACUAGUACUCCUAUGGAACGGAUUAAUUCUUUGAACAAGUUAUCCGGAAAUGUCGCAGGUUCUUCUUCAAUGCCAGCUGUCAUAGAAAAUAAUAAUUCAUCUGUACCAUCAAAUGGUACAAAAGGAAAAAGUGCAAGUAUUACGUUACUACAGGGUGGAUUAAGAAGGGCUGGUUUGUCUGACAAACCGAUUUUGCCGUCGGCAUAUUUUCCGAAGACUUCACAUUAAUCAGAUACAUUAAU